AUGUAAAAAGGAGAAUAAACAAAAACAACAGGGUGUUUAUGUUUUAGUAGAUAAAGUAAAUCAGAAUUUCCAAAAACCUUUAAAAAAUCUAAUAAAAUAUUAAAGAAAUAUACUAAAAACAAUUCUGAUGUAUAUUAUCUUAAUUCCUUUAGAUUUCAGAUGAUGCCAUUUUGGAAGUCAUGAUUCGUUUAUAUAUUUCAGAUAAUAAAACUAAGGCAAUAGAGAUGCUUUAAAGAUGUCGUAUCAACCCCAAUUUUUAAAUGAAUCUUAUAAGAAAUGAUCUGGAGUAUUAUAUACCCUAACUUAUAAAUUUUAUGGUUUUCCAUUAAUAGUUAUAGGAUGAUAGACUUAUUGAAUUCAUAAUUAAGGCUUCUUCAAUAGAUUUCUUUUUUGCUCAUCUUGUUUAUUUUUAGCUUAAAAGCCUUUCAAAAAUCAUAUCUCCUAAUAAUAAAGUUGAGUUCAAGAUUGUUUAACAAUUUGUUAAGGAAUUUGAAGAUAAAAUGACAAUGAAUUAUUAAGGUAAUCUAUUGAUAGCUGCUUAAUUAUUAAAGAUUCAUUUAGAAGAUUCAUUUUAAGAUGACGUAUUAGUAAAAUCAAUUAUGUUGUCAAACAAAAAGGAUAAAUAAGAAUAAGCAGUUUAUUAAGGAUCAUUAAGAAUAAAGUCUUGGAAAUAAAAUGAAAUUGUUUAAACAUAUGGAACCGACAAUUGGAUUGAUUAUAUCAAAGAUAAAAAUCUAUAGGAUUUUUUAGUAACUAAGCAUGAAGAAAUAGAACUAUAAGAUUAUAUUUCCAUAUUUUAAAAUAAAGAAGACAAUAAUUUAUAAGAAGAUUAUGCAUUUUAAUCAAAUAUCAAUUUUUGGAAUGAUAUCACUACAAUAUCAGAAGAACUUUCAAAACAUUAAAAAAAAACUGAAUAAUUACAUCAAUUCUUAAAUAAAAUAAACUAAAAUUUACCUGCUGCUGUUUAUGUUCCUUUUGUUAAGAAUUCUGUCAGAAAUUAUGCUAUUUUAAAUAUUGUUUCUAAAGAAAGUCGUGUAUUUUCAACAAAAAUGAGAAGUCCUUAUAGUUUGACUUUGGAAAUAUUUAGACCAGAAAUAGAAGGUCAUCAUAAUGAAUAAUAAAAGCUUGAUACUCAAAUUUCUAAGCCAAUUAAAAUUAAUGUAUUUUAUUUACCUUAUCAUUUUUUUAUAGAUGAUUAAAUCAUAGUCCAUAUCUUAAAGUCAAAUUAUUAUGUAAAAUCAAAGCAACAUUAAUAUUUAAUUACAAAGAACUUUUUCUAUAGCAGAUGCUGAAAUAUCAUUCCAUAAUGAAUUUUAAACAAUGAAAUUAAAUGAUACAAAAAUGGUAGGUUCAUAUGAAAAUAAUAAUGGAAUUGGUUAAUUCUAUAGAAAUAGAUUAGAAAGCAAUAAAAAUGAAUCAGAUAUAGAUAUUUCUUCAGAAGAAAUGGUCGAUUAAUAAUAAAUUAAAUAGACUAAUUAAUAAUUAGCCUUUAGUUUAGAAAGUUAAAAUCCUCAAACAUAAAAUGAAUUAUAAAAUUCUAAGAUGGAUAGUAGCACCUUAAAUAGUAGAGUAAGCUAUCUUUAGAAUGGGAAAGGUGUAAUAUUGACAGAAGAUGAAUACUUAUAAAUCAAAAAAACAAUAUUUGGAGAGAAUUCAAUUUCAUAAUAGGAAAGAAUUAAAAAAUCAUCACCAUUUUAAAAAUUAAAAUCAUGGUAGUUAGUUCAUUUAAUUAUAAAGACUGGUGAUAAUUUGAAAUAAGAGCAAUUUGCAUUACAAUUAAUUUGUUAAUUUGAUUAAAUAUUCAAAAAGGAAGGAUUACCUUUAUAAUUAAGAUAUUAUGAAGUUUUAUCUUUAGGUCCUGAUUGUGGAAUGAUUGAAAUGAUAAAAAAUGCAACUACAAUCGAUAGUUUACAAAAAAAUUUAUAAACUAAAUAUACUUAAUUUUCAGAUUUCUCUGAUUUUUUUAGAUCUUUUUUUAGAGAUAAUAUAGAAUAAGCAUUAUAAAAUUAUGUUCAAUCACUUGUUGCCUAUGGUUUAGUGUGUUAUUUUUUAUAAGUUAAAGAUAGACACAAUGGCAAUAUAUUAUUGGAUGAUUAGGGUCAUUUAAUACAUAUAGAUUUUGGUUUCUUUUUAUCAAUAGCACCAGGAAAAGGUAUGGAGUUUGAAGGAAAAGUUCCUUUUAAAUUAUUAUCAGACUAUAUAAAAGUUUUGGGUGGAGUCAAAGGGUACUUAUUUUAGGAUCACUUUAGAAAAUUAUUUUAUAAGUAUUGCAUUUAAAUUAGGUAGAGGCUUUAAAGCUUGUUAAAAACACUAAAAAGAGAUUUUAUUAUUGGUUGAAAUGAUGUAUACAGGUCAUGGAACUACCUUGCCUUGUUUUGCAAAAGGAGAAUUAGCUUUGAAAGAAUUAGAAGAUAGAUUUAACCCAAGAGUAGCUUCUGAUGCUGAAUUAUUUGUAUAUGUCUAAGGAUUAAUCAAUAAGUCUCUAGAUAAUUGGAGAGCAAGAUGGUAAUAUUAUAUUAUAAUAUUUCAGGUACGAUAAAUUUUAAUAUUUUGCUUAAGGAAUAUUUUAUUGA